AUCUUCUGACCUGAGUCAGGCGGGACAUCGGUUUGAAAAACGGGUGAUUUCCUGGAGGGAGCCGAGGAUCUGACCGUGUUCUGACCUCUCGGAUGCCGAAACUUAUACUCGGAUGUCAGCCGAAAUUCUCUCCCGUAAUUUCAUCGAUUGACCUUUCUCUCCGGACAUCUCUCCCUCCCUCUCCCUCUCUCUGUUUCUGUCUCUGUCCGGACGAUCGAUUUCGGCUGAAGUGGGCGGACCGGAUUAGUGAACUAACCUGAGGGUUAGGGCCCCAUAACUAUUCCACCACCAUGCCCUCCGAUCUGCUUCCCGGUUAAUUACGCGGUUCCCGCUCCUGCAACCGACGGAGCCUGGAUCUUUCGAAAUAGUUUCUGCCAGCGACUGCGGGCGGGGGGCCCUCGAGAUUCAGAGCUUUUGAUAUUGAGCUCUUGACAUUUGGAUUCGAUUCGAUGGUCAAAUUCGAGGGGGAGCGUUCGAUGUGAGGAUGGUGGAGUGAUUUGCCACAAGCGGAGUGCGUAUUACGGUUUGGGAAAAUGUCGGAAGAUCUCCCGCGCGCUAAUGUGAAGCGCAUCGUGAAAGCGAAGCUGCUGGAGCUCGCUGCUGCGCACUACGGUGACGAGAAGACCUCCAGAGAUCUGCCGAUUCACAAAGAUGCGUUACUGGCCUUCUCGGAGAGUGCCAAGAUUUUUAUUCACUACCUAUCUGCAACAGCAAAUGACAUCUGUCGUGAAUCCAAAAGACAAACAAUCAAUGCCGAAGAUGUACUGAGGGCUGUGGAAGAGAUUGAGUUCGGCGAGUUUGUCGAACCUUUGAGAUCUGCACUUGAAGUGUAUCGAGAAGAGAACCAAAAUAAGAAGGCACAACGAGGGUUUGCCGCAAACGGUGGCAAAAGGAAGCGAAGAGCUAGUGAUAUAAGCGCCCUAAACGGAAAUGAAGAUGGAGACGAGGCCGACAAUCAAGGAGAAGAAGACGAAGGCGAAGGAGAAGAUUUGGAAGACGACAAGGAGGAAGAGGCAGAUGGAGAGGACGGAUCUGACACUUCGUCAUAGCAUCAUCGAUUAUGCUGAACGAAAGUUCUGUAGUCACCAUUUUGUAAUCUAGGUAGAAACCUGUGAAAUAGAUAUGAGAGUAGCAGAAAACUCAAGAUCAAUAGGUGUAUUCUACUUGUACAUAAUGCUAGGCGUCCAACUUAAUUUGGUCGCCAAGCCUCACUCAGCAUUUUCGUCCCGGAACCUUUCACAGCGGAGACUUAUUUACUCCCUGGUGUAGGUAACCCGUGGUCCCUCCCAGAAUAGUAGACAGCUCUGUAGAAUCAAGCGACUGAAUCGUUGUAUCGUACUUUACAUUCCAUGGUGCCGAAAUAUCACACCACAGCUUAUUGAGAUGGAAUGUUUACUGAAUGAAGGGGUCCUUACGCACUCUCUCUUCUAUACAGAGGACCCUGCUAGAUUUUGUCGACCCAUCGUUCUUUUGUACCAGAACUCAUGGAUAAUAAAACUCAAUUCAAACCACUCUCGACCGUGUGCGCCUGUCGACGAGUGUAUUUAACCAGG